AUGGUAGCUACGCGCACGGAUAUUGACGAUUUAGUUAAGUUUUUAUACUUACGUGAUGCAUUACAAAAGGAAGCCGCGAGCAAGAUAGCUAUUUUUAGCGCUACGGCUGAGAAUUAUAAAAAGGCGUGGAAGUCGCUCAUAGACGCUUAUGAUCGCAAGCGUAUUCUUAUCGCAAGGCAUGUAGAUGCUCUUCUUGAUACACCGACCAUAGGCAUCGCAACCGCAACUAGUUUGUCGCGGCUCGUGGACAACACACGUCAGCGUUUAUCCGUUUUGAAAUCCAUAAAUUUCAAACCGGAUGAAAAAAUCGUGGUUCGAAUCUUAGAGCGCGCCCUACCGAUAGAUAUACGUGCAAAAUGGGAAGAAUCUCUUCAGCUCGACGAGUUUCCGACUCUGGACGAAUUCUUCAAGUUUAUCGAUUUAACUAUUUAUCGUCUUUCAACAAUGGAAACCGAAACUACGCGUAUUAAAAGGGAAAUAGAACAGAAGCGCACAGGAGAAUCAGACACGGGCAAUACAAAAAGGCUCAAGAAGGACAGUGCGCGCCUUUUGAUGACUGCUGCCACAACGAAGCCCUGUUUACGAUGUGGAGAUUCACAUUAUUUAUACCGCUGCCCUGAAUACAACAAGGAUAGCAUCGGUGAUCGAUGGGCAUUUAUAGAAGAGAAAAGGCUUUGUCGCAACUGCCUGCGUAAACAUGAAGGCACAUGUAAUUCAGGCAAAUGCAAAAAAUGCAAUCAAACCCAUCACACAUCUCUGCACCGUAACGAGCAGCCUACGCCUACCACUUCGCAGGCAUGA